UCGCGAGACUCGCCAGUUCAGUUUUAGAUAUACACUUGGCUCGCGUAUAAUAUAAUACACGCGCACACACCUUGUGUAUAUCGGAGAUCGGGAGAAAGAGGGAGCGAAAGAGAGUAGUUGUUGUAUAUCGAGGAAGGGAGAGAGAGAGAGAGAGCCGAGUGAAUGCUCGGCAAACGUGCGCGUCGGUGCAUAAAUAGCCAAUAAUUUAUAUACACACGGAGUGCAACCGAUUUUCGAUUCCCGAUCAUAAGUAUAUAUAACGUCGCUGCCGUGAGUGCUGUGCCGCGGCCCGCAACGGACCGAGAGCCCGUAUACUAUCGUACAUUAUACGCGCACAGUGUAGUAGCGUGUAUACAUAAAACAGGUGUAUUUUGUGCGCGAGGUUUUUUAAAAGCAUACUCGAGUGUGAAUCGCCUCUUAUUUUUUUUUAUCGCGAGUUAACUCGAAAGAAGAGCGCAUCCGAUCGCCUCUUUCAUGCUGGUGUUACACGUUUAAAGAGCCGAGUGGGAAAAAGAUGCGCCUCUUCCUGCCGCCGCUGCUGAUGCUGCUCGCCUAAAAAAGCCCACGGACCCGUCAAUCGAUCCGCGCGGAGAUUCUGCCUCAGCGAUCCGCUUCAUUAUCAUGGUACAGAUGCAUACCCUAUCGGGAGCGCAGAUAACGACGUCGGCCGUAUCUUACGAAGUCGGCGGUGGCAUAAGAAAUCCAGCCUGCCAAGAUGACGACUCGUACACGACCAAUACCACGCCGACAAAGCUCGACGAUCAUCAUCAUCAUCAUCAUCAUCAACGGAUCAGGCAAGAGGCUGCUGCAGUGCUGCACGAAGCCGGUGGCGGCGGCGGCGGUGGUGGUGGUGGUGCGGGACGAUUAUCAGCCUCUGUCGCUGGCAAUAAUAACGUGAAGAAACUGGACGAGCAGCAGCAGCAGCAGCAGCAGCAAACUACUGCUACGACGGUGCCCUGCAAGAUCCAUGAGAAAGGACGCGACGAGAUCAAAGAGAUCAUGACGGUGUGCAGGAGCCGAUUCCCAUGGAGGUUCUCCGCCAACUUUGUCAUCGCUAUUUUAGUAUCGAUACUCAUGCUGCUGGGCGAGCUCGGCUACAUACCCAAUCAGCAGGUGGGCUUCUGGUGCAACGAUCCCAAGAUACAGUUCGCCUUUACCGGCGACUCGGUGUCGACGGUCGCCCUCAUCCUCGUCACCAUCGUCGUGCCGGCCGUCGUGAUCUACGCGACCGAGUGGAGCUGCUACUCGCCGGAGAGCUACAAGAGCCUCGACUGCUCUCUGUCGACCUCGUCGUCGAGCAGCAACUCGCAGCAGUCGCCGUCGUCGCGCGGCCGUCAGUUCUGGCAGUGGUACGGCUACUACACCCUCGGCUGGUGGUAUCUGCUCUUCGUCGUGGAGAUCGUCAAGGUCGUGGUGGGCGAGCCGAGGCCGCACUUCAUCGACAGUUGCCGGCCUCAAGGCAUCGAUAACUGCACCAACGAGUACAGGAGAUUGUACACGUGCACCAACACGGAAUUAUCCUGGUUCUACGUCAACGAUUCGGACAAGUCAUUUCCCUCGGGCCACUCGGCGCUGGCCAUAUUCCAGGCGACUUUUUUGAUCUGGUACCUGCAGGCUCGGAUACCCGAGCGCCUCGUGCUGAUCCUGGUGAAGCCAUGGCUCCAGUGCCUGGCGCUGCUCUGGGGCCUCGGCUGCUCGAUGUCGCGCAUCACCGACAAUCGGCAUCACUGGUGGGACGUGCUCGCCGGCGCCUGCCUCGGCCUCGGCUUCGCCGUCUUCGUCGUCAGGAUAUGCUGUCGCUCGUUUCGAUCCAGCUCCGGGGCCGGUGGCGCUGCUGGUGAUGGUCACGGCGACGAGUCGGCCCAGCAGCAGCUGCACUCGGCCAUCCUGCUGGAGAACGGCACGAGGAACCAUCAUCAUCAUCAUCAUCGGGCCAUGCUGACGAGCGGCUCGAACGGCUACGGCUCGCAGGCGGGCAGCGGCCCCAAGCGCCACCAGAGCGUGAAGAAGCUGCUGAGCGACAGCAGCGUCGAGACCACGGCCGAGAGCCGCGAAAUGGGCGACGUCGCGUCCACUUGGACCGCCUGAAUGAAGCGGGGGAGGAAAAAUUGCCGCCGGCUCGUUUCGAGAUGAUGAGGAUGUGUGCCUCGUGAAUAGGCUCGCGUGAACGCGAGGAUACUUAUGUGUACAAAGACGGAUACGCUCGCUCGUAAUGACCGCGUCGAGCUGUUUUCGCCGCAUUAUUACAAAACGAGCGAAUCUUCGUCGACGCUCUGAUAUCGCGCUCGACGCAUCAACAACUGUAUUAUGUGCUUUUGCUAGGAUUAUUAUCUUGUAAAUUUUAUACGCAAUUAUCGUGUAAGGAGCUCGGAGGCGCGCGCGCUGCAACUUGUAAAUAUCGAUCGGAAGAUCGCCGCUACCGCCUCGCGCGCCUGUAAAUAGGCUAUCGUGUGUAUAUCUGCGACUCUGCGUCGUUCCACUCUUUUAUCAUUAGCAUUAUUAUAAUUUAUUAUUAUAUUUUUCGUACUUUUGAAAAAAGUGCCCCUAUAUCGUUUUUAGGCUUCGUGUUUGCACUUCGCGCGAGAUCGUACGAGAACGGAGCUUUUAUCGUCGAGCGCGAGUAGAGAGACCGAAUUUGAGAGAAGCCACACGGUAAUGUGGCUUUUUUUUCUUUCCGGGCGAUUAACCGAGGUCGUGAAAAAAAAUACAAUGGUGAUAAGACGUUUAUAUACGUAAAUGUACAGUAAUUAAACGAAAAAGUAUUCGGUGUAAAGCGAAAUGUAUUAUAUAACGGGCUGCCCCUAGCUGUUCGAGUGCGUAUGCGUGUAAAGUCAAUUUUCGAACUGGCAAGUGUAUAUUGUGAUGUGUAAUGCCUGAAUUGUAAUAAUUUUGGGAUUGUGUAUAUACUCGAGAGAUUUCGACGAAUUUUUUCCGCGAAAUCACAAAUUGUAUAGUGAAAAAAAAA